ACAGCGACUGAGUCAGUAGCGUUAGACAGCUGACAGCUAAUAGCCGACAACAGAAGCGCCAAGUUGAGUUUUGUUUCAAGUGUUUGAAUUGUUUUUUUCUUUUAUUAAUUACAAAAGAAAUUACUUAGUAGCAAUAAUUAAACAUUUUUUCGCUUUGUUAGUGUAAAUUGAAUACAAGUAUUUUCAAAAUGCAUUUUGUGCGCUUAAUCGGUUUUUUUGCUUUGAUUUUGUCACUCGCUCUGCUACAACAAGUGACUGCCAUCAAUAGAAGAGUAAAACUAUGCUUGCAACCACCGCAGAGCGGCCGCUGUUUUGGCUAUGUAUCGAGCUUUGCAUACAAUCCUAUCGCGCGCAAAUGUGAGGAGUUCAUCUACGGUGGGUGUGGCGGUAAUGACAACCGUUUCGAUACGAAAAUGGAAUGUGAAUUAACAUGUCGCGAUGUUUGAUGUCGGAGUUUGGUGCUGUAAGUGGCUGUAGGUAAUUGGAUAUCGUGAAUGGUAUUAGAUUUUUUGUUGGAAGACGAAAGUGUAAUAAGAGACUGUGAAAUUUUGUUAAAAGUCUGAAAUAAAAUGCAACUCUAAA